GACAAGACCCCUAUCACUUGCCAGAAGUGGCCGAUGGCUUGGCUUUUAGCACUCAAAAACCUAAUUAUAUACCGGCUAGUUUGAAAAAUAUUUUUUUGGAAUUAAGCCAUGACCUCAAUUGUCCGGUGCCAACCCAAGGCGAUUUGUUACCCUGGGUCAAAGAAGGAGUUUUUCUUCUCAAUACUGCUUUAACAGUGCAAGAAAACAGACCACUUUCUCAUGCUGGUUUUUGGCCUGAAUUCACUUACUCCUUAAUAUGCUUUUUACGUGACUAUAACCCCCAACUAGUUUGA